AAAUUAAUUGUUUCAAUUUUAUAAGUUACUGUAGACACAAAUAGUAGGUUUUAGGAUUCGAUUUAAGAUAUUUAAUUAUGAUAUAUAAAAAUUGAAAUAUCGUUAUCUGCCUCUCCGUCACUCUUGCUGAUUUACUCACUACCCAUCUCUAAUCCAUACCAAAGAUUGACAGCGACGCAAUGUUUUAGGCAGUGUACACAUUUUAUCUUAAUAACUCUAUGGCCCGGGGAGUAGAAAGUCUAUGGUAAGAACAUUCUCUACUGCUUUGCGUCAUGUCAUGGCUGGCAUGAAAUAAAGCUUUCUUGCUGUGCUUGAUUUCUUUCCUUACUUACAAAAGAGUGCUUAGUUUUCUUUGAUUGUGAUAUCCGUCAAAAUUCGUUUAUUUACACUUUUAUGUACGCACAUUCAAAGUGAUUACUUUCUGGUAUGGAAGUAAAGAGAUAACAUAUAAUGACAAUAAUUGUUUAGCGAGCGUUUGUACAUAGGUGUCGCUCACAAUGAACGAAGGCGCGGGGGAUUGGAUUUGUAGCGAUCCGAGUUGUGGUAACAUAAAUUUUGCGCGGCGAGUAUCAUGUUAUCGUUGUAAUAAAGACAGACCCGAUGGAGGGAAAAUGUUUAAAAAGAAACUUGGCACGGAAAUUGGAAAAUCAGCUGCAGAAAAGUCUCGCGGCUUAUUCAACGCCGAUGAUUGGCAGUGCAAUAAAUGUGCGAAUGUAAACUGGGCCCGGCGUACGACGUGCAACGUCUGCAAUGCUCCGAAGUUCGGUGAAGUGGAGGCGCGAACUGGCUAUGGCGGAGGGUACAAUGAGCGCGGAGUGGUCGAGUAUCGCCGCCGAGAGCCUUCUUCUGAUGAUGAAUAUGAUGAAUUUGGAAGAAAAAAGAGGAAGCGCAAAUUAGACAGUCAGAAUAUGGUCGGCAUCACUGAAGGACCUCUAGCCAAAAAAUUGCCACCAGCAAUGCUGCAGAUGGAACUAAACAAGGAUGCAAAGGAAGAUCCUGCACCUAAUGUCUCAAUGCAGACUAACAGAGAUGCUGACAAAACACGGCGCACUCUCAGCGAGAGUUCCAUGUGUGAUCUACCUCCACUUAGCAAAAUGGCAUUUCGAAGGCAUCAACUUGAAGCUCAAACUAAAUACAAUGGAAAAGAUCACAUGUUGCCAUCAUAUAAGACAAAUGGAACUUAUUUGCGCAAAAGAUUUACAGAACAAAACUCAUUAAAUAAUAAAAUUGCCUCAAAAAUUCUUAAACAGGAGAUAAAUAAUGGCCUUUCCACCAAGAGUUUUGAUCAAAAGAAAGCUAUAAAUGUACAAUCAUUUAAACCUUUGAAAAAUGAUGUUGUCUAUAAGUUUACUGGCCCCAAUCCUACAGAAGACUUUGAAGUUACAUAUUCUAUAGAAGAAAGAGUGACAGUAGCUGCUUAUGCCAUUGUACACAAAAAUUGCAGGAUAACGACUGAUAAGUUUGAAUCAACAUAUGAUAAACCAGCCCCAGAUUUUAAAACAAUUUUUGCUUGGAGGCAAAAGCUAUUGCGGACAGGCUGUUUAGAUGACUCUCACAUACAUAUUAAACAUCAAACUGAGAAGAAUAAUAAAUGUGAAUCACCACAUUUAAAAAAUCGACAGCCUAUAGCUCAAGCCAAUCCAGAAGAGAUACCUCUUAGUUCAGACAGUGAAACCGAAAAUACUGAAACCAACCAAGUUCAAAAUAACCUGCAAGCUACAGAUAUUGUAUGCAGUACUAGUUCGGAGACCUUAGUUCUUUGCAACACACAGAAAUCAUCCGGUAGUCAAGGUAGUAGUGUGACAGAGCGAGCUAUACAGGCUAGAAACCACUCAUCACCACACUGCAGAGCUAGCUCCCAUGAAUCUCAAGAUUCCCUUUACGCGGACAGUGAUUUGGAAAAAACUGAUAACAAUUCUUCUAAAUCAAAAACAACCCCUAUUACUACUAAUGGUCAUACAAACAAGCAAUCAAUAGUUGUGUCAGAUUCUGAUUCAGUUUCUUAUGAUAGUGAUUAUGUUGAUUUUUUGUCACGUGUCUAUGGGGAAGGUACAAAACCCAGAUCUAGGCUAAACAAAAGACAACCACCAAUAGGAACUAAAACAAGCUGUGAGUCAUUAUCAAAUGACAUUCAAACCUUUAAAGGAUACUCUACUGUCAACAAAUCAGAACAGUCACCAUUGGCUACAGGAAAUAUCUACACAUCAAGUAUGCAAAAUAUGCGAGUAAAAAGCAAUGCCAAUUUUAUUGAGGCAGAUGGUGGAUCAGCCGAGUAUGUGCCUACUAAACUAGGAUCUUCAACUAAAAAUAACUAUCAAGAUUUUAAAAACAAUGUUAAGAAAAAAGGAUUUUGGGCAAAGGGAAACCGUGCAACAGUUCAUAAAAACAAGCAAACACCACAGGAGACAUGUGUAAAUUACAAUGAACCACCCAAUUACAAUGACAAAAUAUUUACUGUAUUGCAAAAUAAUGUGGCAAACAUUCCUCUUCUAAAUUCUAAGGAUGACAGUGGUAUAAUUGCCCCUACAAAUAAUCCUCUGGAGUGUGUUCCUUGUCAGUCACCAUAUAGAGCAGACCCACAAAUAAUAGAUCCUCAUGGCGAUGACUUUACAAAUGACGAUUUUGAGCAAAUUGAUACUGCUGAUAAUUAUACUCCAUUUGAUGCCCCCAUGCAAUCGAAAGACUCUUCUAUGACGUUGGAAAACUCUUCUCGUGUGUUUGACGUCGUGCAGUCUGAUACGGUACAGAAAAAUAAAAGUAUAAUGGAAAUAUUUGAUGUGUUUGAUGAUCAUCCCAACCAGGAAACAAACAGUCUGGAAAAUAAUAGUGUAAGACCAUACACUAUGGUAUGGGAUGAAGAUGAUGAUGCUCUGUACAAGGAUGACGAUGAAGCAGGGGCUCCUAACAUCAACAAUGUGAACACUCUCCCCAAUCAAUUUGCAGCAGACACUCAAAACUUGGAAUUAGACCAAAGUGAACUUAUCCAGGAUGUUACGAAAAGUCCUCAUGGACAGGAAGUAGUACCAGAUGGAGAUUUAUUCACAAAGAAUCUGAUGGCAUUAAGUUCAUCCUAUCAAAAAGAGAACACUAGAAAAACAUUGUGCCAGGUGAUACAGCCAAAUAUUAGUAGUGACGAAAUUAUUUUUGCUAAACAAAGUAGAACAUUGGAAUCACCUGAAAAUAUAUUAGCAAAAAAAAUUAAUAUCAUUGAAUCUAUAACAAUCAAACCUAAAAGUUAUCAAAGUCACUCUUUAAUUGUAGAAAACCAAACACAAUCAAUGAGCGGAUUUAUAGCACAAGAUAAUAAAUCGCCAUUAAAAAGUAAUACUAACGAUAACACUAGUACUACAUCAACACAGCCAAGUGUCGAUUUUUCAAAUUUAUUGGCAGGUAUAAAUACAGAUACGCUUUUGUUAGCUCUUCAAAACUUGCAACAGUUAGGGCAGAAGCCAUCCGAUCAUGUCACCCAGCAAGGUGUACCAGCAGAGCAGGAGCGUAACGCAGGCGAGCUGCCCGCCGCUGACCCCGUCGAGACCAUCAACUUGACCAAUGAUGAAGACUGGGAAAAGGAGUCUGAUAGAGAAGGGAGUAUUGAGAAACAACUAAAAAAACUGCACGGGACUACUGGUGACACUCCUUUUUUAAGCGAUAUUUUUGAUCCAGGCCCAGUAGUGAUCCCGCCCAAUGUCGCAAAAAAGUUAAAUAUUAAUGGAGAUAACACUUUACCUGAAACACAAGAAACAUCGGUUAUAGGAAAUUUCAAGAGCUUUGCUUUACCGAAACCGAUUAUGUUAAAUAGGCUCAAAUUAACUAUAAAACAACCAGACAAGGCUCCGAAACAAUCCAUCAAUGGGGGAAGGAGGAGACGAAAAAAGAAGAGCAAAGCGUCGACGGCGUCCGGCGAGGGUGAGGACGAGGAGGCGGAGGCGGAAGCGGAGGCGGGCGCAGGCGACGAUGGUGACGAGGAGGAGUCCGGCGACGACGCCGACCUCUCCAAGUACGACUUGUGGGGCAGCGACGAAGAGAAGGCUCAGUCCUCGAAAACAGAAACUACUGACAAAACUAAAGAUGGCGACGGGGCAGAAGCCGGAUCAGAUGCAGCGGAGAAAAAUGGCAAAUCUGAAACGCUGGAAAAUAAAGCUGCUAAACGAAGAUCAAGAAGUUCGUCCUCGUCGUCAAGUUCGUCGUCCAGCUCUAGCUCCAGUCGCAGCUCCGCGGAUGCUCCCAAAAACAAGUUCGACGACUUCAACCUGAAUAGCGAGCGCGAGUCGCCGCAGGCGUCGCCGCCGGGGCGCCGCUCGCGCUCGCCGCACGGACGGGGCUCCAGCUCGCGUCGCAAGACACACUCGCGCGAUUCCAGAAGUCAUGAUUCGGGGCGUGACAAGAAGUCGCGAUCGCGGCGCGGCAGCCGGUCGCGCUCGCGCUCGCGCUCGCGGCCCGCGCGCAAGGAGCGCCGCUACAGCCGCGACGGCGCCGCCGGACACUACUCCGCGCGUGGAAGACAUCGUUAAAAUCACUUUACAUUUUAAAAAUGAGGUCGCCUUACGUAAACUUAUUCUGCAAACCAUUUAUCAAACCCAGCUGCCCAAAUUAACACGUUUCCUGUCCGGAUGCUCGGUGCCUCCAAUGUGGGGUCAUGAAGCAUUUUUUUCAGGGGUCCGUGCUUCAACUAUGGGUUCACAACUUCAAAGUGAAAGCACUUGGACGUGUGAUCUAUACAUCGCACUAGAGGAGGAAUUCUAUGGGCACGUUAGUAACGUUUGCAAAUAAAUCAAAAGUAAAUGAUGAGUGUGCGAAACUUCUAAAAAAAUACAUAAAUUUACGUGACAGCUAUUACAUAUAAAAAAAAUACUGUCAUAAGGACCAUCAUUCGAUGCGAGAGUAGCGAAUACCAGGUUACAAAUACUAAAUCCAAAUACCUUAUUCUGAGAACUCGAAAAUUUAUUCAUUUAUUUGCAAACGUUACUAAACUAACGUGCUCGCAAAAUGCCUCCUCGAGUGCGGUGUAUGGUCAUAUACAUUUUGUAUGGGGACAGUGAACGUGUUCAUGCCCGGACAAGUGAACGUGAGCGUUUUCCCUCUCGCUCGCCGGAGCGGCGUAAGGAUCCGUAUCUGAUGUGAAGAUCGCCGUAACAUCCGCCAUGUUAAUCAACAUAAAUGAGGGUGUUCUCUAAUCCGGGCAUCCAUUUAAUUAAGCUAAAUAUGUACUUCUAAGUUGAGUAAACUACCGAGUAGUAUAUUAUUACUUAGCUAUGUUCUCAAUCGUUCGCUCAUAUUGCAUUUGAGGUAAUUUGCCGUUUGUAUGGUUUAAGUACGACUCAAAUCCGUAACCAAUAGCAGAGGUUCCCAACCUUUUACAUCGAGCCCCAGCUGCAAAAUAGCUUGUCAGUUUUUUUUGACACAAGUUAAAGAAUUCCGUGUAUUCUAAAAUGUUUAAUCAUCCGUCCCUUUGUCAUCUCAGUACGCUCUCCCUUUGGGUGGCUCAUCCUACUGGUUAAAAAUUUCUGCGUUUAAUAACAUUGUUUUUUUUUUCACAUUAACGUGAAAAGUUUUCAAUGCAUAAAUCAGGAAAGUGUAAUCAUCAUCAUCAUCCUCUACCUUGUCGAAAGUGCGGCUGUGUCUUUGUAUAACUACAGCAAUUUAGGAAGUGUCGAGACGAUUUUCAUUAUUAAUAACAUAUUCUAUUACUUUAGUAUGUUAGCUACAACAGUUAUAAUAAUUGGCAUUUUGCGUAGAAACCAGUAAACGCCCGUCUAACCCGAUAGUUACUAUUAGUUGUACAGAUUUUUCAUAUCGAGCAUGUGACGCGUCUACUUUAUCUUAAGCUUAAUCUCGUUUAUUGGAUAUUCUGUAAAUCUGCUCCCAGUAUUUAGCUGUCAAUAAACGAUAUCGUUAA